AUGCUCGAGUGGCUCCUCGGCAAAAGCUUCAAUCCGGAGCACGACAUCCCAAGUCUUGAUGGAAAAGUCAUUCUGGUUACAGGGGGUAAUACUGGACUCGGGAAGGAGACGGUCUUACAACUCGCCAAGCAUAAUCCCAGGGAGAUCUUUCUAGCAGCUCGAACGCCAUCCAAAGCAGAGGCGGCCAUCGCAGACGUCAAGCAGCAGGUGCCAAACAGCAAGAUUUCGUUCAUCCAACUGGAUUUGGCGUCUUUAUCUUCAGUCAAAAAAGCAGCGGAUGACUUCAACUCGCGCUCCGACCGAUUGGACCUGCUGAUUAACAAUGCCGGAGUCAUGGCUGUUCCGUACUCAAAGACCAAGGAAGGCUAUGAGGUACAGUUCGGGACGAACCACAUCGGCCACGCUCUCUUCACGAAGCUGCUGCUCCCAACCCUAUUGAGGACGGCUGAGCAGCCCAAUGCCGACGUCCGCAUCAUCAAUGUCAGCUCUGAGGGUCAUAUGGGCGCACCGGGCAUCAUCUACGACCAAGACGCGCUGGAGAAGUACCAUACUUUCGUGCGGUAUGGCCAGGCCAAGCUCGCAAAUAUCUACCAUGCGCGAGAACUGCAGAGAAGAUACCCGUCGAUUACGGCAACAUCGUUACAUCCGGGAGUUAUCCUGACGGACCUGUACACCAGCCAGAAAGAGACCAACGUACUUAUGCGUGUGUUCCUUCCGCUCAUCGGGCUCUUCGCGAAAGACGUGCCUGGAGGAGCAAAGAAUCAGCUGUGGGCCUCGGUGGCGCCGAAGAAAGAAGUCGAGUCCAGCUACUAUUGGAAGCCUGUAGGAAUUCCUAGCAACGGCUCCUUCUGGCUCGCCACGAAGCAAGACAAGGCUGCCGAACUCUGGGAUUGGACGGAAGCACAGUGCGAUGAGCAGCUCAAGAAAAUGUCGUGA